AUGGAGGAACAGGACCGCGCCUGCGGCUCCACCUGGGAGCCCUCACAGGGCAAGAGCCGCCCGGACUCACCUUGGUCAUGGAUUCCAAUAAUGAGAGACCCUGGAUGGAUUCGAAAUGUAUGGUCUUCAAACAUUAAUGCUCAAACCAUGAAUUACGUCGGGCAGCUGGCAGGCCAGGUGUUUGUCACCGUGAAGGAGCUCUACAAGGGGCUGAACCCCGCCACCCUGUCUGGAUGCAUUGACAUCAUCGUGGUCCGCCAGCCCAACGGGAGCCUGCAGUGCUCCCCCUUCCACGUCCGCUUUGGGAAGAUGGGGGUCCUGCGUUCCCGAGAGAAGGUGGUUGACAUAGAAAUCAAUGGGGAAGCAGUGGAUUUGCACAUGAAAUUGGGAGAUAAUGGAGAAGCAUUUUUUGUUCAAGAGACUGAUACCGAUCAGGAGGUGAUCCCCGUGCACCUGGCCACCUCCCCCAUCCUGUCGGAAGGAGCCUCGAGGAUGGAGUCCCAGCUGAAGAGGAGCUCCGUAGAUUGGAUGAGAAGCCUGGACCCCAACUCGUCAGCCCAGGUCUUGCCUCCCAGCGAGACCCCUUCAAGUGGCUCUUUAGUGAAGAAACGAAGGAAGAGGAGGAGGAAGUUGCCGCUGGACAGCCUGAGACGGGACGACAGCACGAGCGCAUCCGAGGAUGAGGACAUGUUCCCCAUAGAGAUGAGCUCGGACGAGCUGCUGGACAGCAGUAGAGCUCUUUCUAAUGAUAUACCUCCGUUCCAAGGAGAUAUCCCUAAGGAAAACCUUUCCCCAGUCAUGACUUACCCUCAGUCAGCAUCUUACCCGAAUUCCGACAGAGAGUGGUCACCUAGCGCCAGUAGCCUGACAGAUUGCAGGGGGAGCCCCCCUCGUCUGGCAGUUGCGGCCGAGGGCGGCCUUUCUAGUUCUUGCCCUCCACAGUCUUCCCACUUCCACGCUUCGGAAAGUCCUUCAGUUUCCCGACCUUCGACACCUAAAAGUGAUUCGGAAUUGGUCAGCAAGUCUGUGGACAGGACAAUGCAGAAGGAUAAUCUAGAAAUGCUCUGGCUUUGGGGAGAAUUGCCCCAAGCCGCAAAGUCAUCUGCACACAAGAUGAAAGAGUCCAGCCCGAUGAACAGUAGAAAAGUCUGCGAUGAGAUGCACUUUCAAGCCAUCCACAGUGAAUCUUCAGACGCGUUUAGUGACCAGUCACCGACACUGGCUGGGGCGUCUCCUGUGCAGCCGCAGUUGGAGCAGAACAAGCCGCAGACGGAGAUUCAGUUCGCGAACGAAGAUGUUGAGGCCUUAGGAGCCGCAGCACCCCCGUUGCCUACGAUCGAAGAGUCCAAAGCCCUCUCGGCCAGUGCUGCCCCGGCAGCCAGCAAGACAGAUUCGCCUUCUAGGAAAAAGGACAAACGAAGCAGACACCUUGGUGCCGACGGCGUCUACUUGGAUGACCUCACAGACAUGGAUCCCGAAGUCGCUGCCCUGUAUUUUCCCAAAAACGGAGACCCUUCUGGGCUCACAAAACACGCCAGCGACAACGGAGCCCGCUCAGCCAACCAGUCCCCGCAGUCCGUGGGCAGCUCUGGCGUUGACAGUGGCGUGGAGAGCACCUCGGACAGCCUGAGGGACCUGCCGUCCAUCGCCAUCUCCCUGUGCGGCGGCCUCAGCGACAACAGGGAGAUCACCAAAGAUGCGUUUUUGGAACAAGCCGUGUCAUAUCAGCAGUUUGUGGACAACCCUGCCCUCAUUGACGACCCCAAUCUUGUGGUGAAGAUCGGGAAUAAGUACUAUAACUGGACGACGGCGGCACCUCUGCUCCUGGCGAUGCAGGCCUUCCAGAAACCUUUGCCAAAGGCCACGGUGGAAUCUAUCAUGAGGGAUAAGAUGCCCAGAAAGGGAGGAAGAUGGUGGUUUUCAUGGAGGGGAAGAAACAGCACAAUCAAAGAGGAAAGUAAGCCAGAGCAGUGCCUGGCAGGAAAGAGCCACAGCACUGGGGAGCAGCCGUCACAGCUGGGCAUGGCCACCAGAAUAAAGCAUGAGUCAUCCUCCAGUGAGGAGGAACACGCGUCCGCCAGGCUGCCCAGCACGAGCCGCGCCCCCCUGCUGUCCAGCGUUAGCUACAAGAAGACCCUGCGCCUCACGUCAGAGCAGCUGAAAAGCCUGAAGUUGAAGAACGGACCCAACGACGUGGUCUUCAGCGUCACCACACAGUACCAGGGCACGUGCCGCUGCGAAGGCACCAUCUACUUGUGGAACUGGGACGAUAAGGUUAUCAUCUCCGACAUCGAUGGAACCAUCACUAGAUCAGAUACUCUUGGCCACAUUUUGCCCACCCUUGGGAAGGAUUGGACCCACCAGGGCAUCGCCAAGCUGUACCAUAAAGUGAGCCAAAACGGGUACAAGUUUCUCUACUGCUCCGCACGGGCCAUCGGGAUGGCGGACAUGACGCGGGGCUACCUGCACUGGGUCAACGAGCGGGGCACGGUGCUGCCCCAGGGGCCGCUGCUCCUCAGCCCCAGUAGCCUCUUCUCCGCCUUGCACAGAGAAGUGAUCGAAAAGAAGCCAGAGAAGUUUAAAGUCCAGUGUUUGACAGACAUCAAAAACUUGUUUUCUCCAAAUACAGAACCCUUUUAUGCUGCUUUUGGAAACCGACCCGCUGAUGUGUACUCGUACAAGCAAGUGGGAGUGUCUCUGAACAGGAUAUUCACCGUCAAUCCCAAAGGAGAGCUGGUGCAGGAGCACGCGAAGACCAACGUCUCCUCGUAUGUGAGACUCUGCGAGGUGGUCGACCACGUUUUCCCCUUGCUGAAAAGGAGCCAUUCUUCAGACUUUCCCUGUUCAGAUACGUUCAGUAACUUCACCUUUUGGAGAGAACCACCGCCACCCUUUGAAAACCAGGACGUUCAUUCUGCAUCAGCAUAGUACGUUCC